CCAUAUAUUGUCAAUCUCUUCUUCACUUGGGUUGCCGGCGGCAGGAAUCAUUCAGCCUUCGUUUGGAUUGCGUUCUGGAGCCGCCGCUGCCUUCACAACUUUCCCGAUCACCAGAUUCAAUUUUCCGAUAACAUGCUUCUUCUGUCACCAUUGCCUCUCUCUACUCGCUUUCCUGCAACUCAAUUACCUUCUCCCACCGUCUUCCUCCACCACCAGAACCCCCCUAUCACUACCCACCUCUCAUUUCCCAUCAUCUCCGCCGCCGCGGCCUCCACCACCUCCUUCUCCUCCGUCGUCACCUGUUCCACUUCAUCCGACGCGCUCGAGCUCGACGUUUUCGAAAACGACCACGUUUCUUUUCAGAGUCGCCGUUACGACUUCACUCCUCUCCUCGACUUCCUUUCCCGGUCUCCGGCUUAUCCGAAGUCCGAUUCCGAUUCGGAGGUGGAAUUCGACUCUGUUUUGGACUCUGAUUCUGAGUCUGAUAAGGCUUCUCCGACCUCCCUUGACCCUACCGAGUUCCAGCUUGCCGAGACCUACAGGGCCGUGCCGGCGCCUCUAUGGCACUCUCUGCUUAAGUCUCUUUGCGCUUCUUCCUCUUCGAUUGGGCUAGGUUACGCGGUUGUUUUGUGGCUUCAGAAGCAUAAUCUGUGCUUCUCUUACGAAUUGCUUUACUCGAUUCUCAUUCAUGCUCUUGGCCGCUCUGAGAAGCUCUAUGAGGCUUUCAUUCUCUCCCAGAGCCAAACCCUAACCCCAUUAACGUAUAAUGCUCUCAUUGGUGCCUGUGCUCGCAAUAACGAUUCGGAGAAGGCUCUCAAUUUGAUAUCUAGGAUGCGACAGGAUGGUUAUCAAUCUGAUUUUGUCAACUAUAGUUUGAUUAUUCAGUCGCUUACUCGCACCAAUAAGAUUGAUGUUCCAAUCUUGCAAAAGCUUUACGAAGAGAUUGAGUCUGAUAAAAUUGAACUCGAUGGGCAGCUCCUCAACGAUAUCAUAUUGGGCUUCGCGAAAGCUGGAGAUCCUAACCGAGCUCUGUAUUUCUUGUCCAUGGUACAGGCGAGUGGUUUAAACCCCAAAACUUCUACGUUUGUUGCGAUUAUCUCUGCUUUGGGAAAUUAUGGGCGGACAGAGGAAGCUGAGGCUAUCUUUGAGGAAAUGAAGGAAGGUGGAUUGAAACCAAGGAUUAAGGCCUUCAAUGCUCUUCUUAAAGGCUAUGCUAAAAAGGGUUCUCUGAAAGAGGCAGAAUCCAUUGUUUCAGAGAUGGAAAAGAGUGGAUUAUCACCGGAUGAGCACACAUAUGGUCUUCUCGUUGAUGCAUAUGCAAAUGUGGGGAGUUGGCAAAGUGCAAGACAAUUGUUGAAACAAAUGGAAGCUAGAAAUGUACAGCCUAAUACCUUCAUUUUCAGUAGGAUUUUAGCUAGUUAUCGUGACCGGGGCGAAUGGCAGAAAACGUUUGAAGUUUUGAGGGAAAUGAAGAACUGCAAUGUCAAACCUGAUAGGCAUUUUUACAAUGUCAUGAUUGAUACGUUUGGGAAGUUCAAUUGUGUUGAUCAUGCCAUGGAAACAUACGAACGGAUGCUCUCCGAGGGGAUCGAACCAGAUGUUGUUACUUGGAACACGCUUAUAGAUUGUCAUCGUAAGCACGGAUACCAUGAAAGGGCUGCAGAGUUGUUCGAAGAAAUGCAGGAACGUGGUUACUUUCCUUGUCCCACAACGUAUAAUAUUAUGAUCAAUUCAUUAGGUGAGCAGGAAAAGUGGGACGAGGUGAAAAUCUUGUUAGGAAAGAUGCAGAGUCAGGGCUUACUUCCCAAUGUGAUAACAUACACUACCCUUGUUGAUAUAUAUGGACAAUCUGGAAGGUUUAAUGACGCCAUUGAGUGCUUGGAGGCCAUGAAGUCUGCUGGACUGAAACCAUCCUCAACAAUGUAUAAUGCUUUAAUCAAUGCCUUUGCUCAAAAAGGUUUGUCAGAGCAGGCAGUAAAUGCAUAUAGAGUCAUGAGAUCAGAUGGACUAAAACCCAGUCUCUUGGCUCUUAAUUCAUUGAUCAAUGCAUUUGGCGAGGAUAGGAGAGACAUUGAAGCCUUUACAAUCUUGCAGUACAUGAAGGAAAAUGAUGUGAAGCCUGACGUUGUCACAUAUACAACACUUAUGAAAGCUUUGAUUCGUGUUGAAAAGUUUGACAAGGUUCCGGCUGUGUAUGAAGAGAUGAUUUUGUCUGGAUGUACUCCUGAUGGAAAGGCCAGAGCCAUGUUGCGGUCUGCCCUCAAAUACAUGAAGCGUACACUAAGCUUAUAGUUGGCCGCUUGAUCAUGUAUCUAUGCACUCUGUAGAACAAAUUUGCAGGAGUUUAUCAAACCAAUACUCAUAGGAAUUGCCUAUUCAAGCUCUGAGUCAUUUCUUAUGACUUGGAGAAGAGAAAGGUUUGAUCUUACACUAAUAGUAUGGCAUUAUACUAUCAGCAAAAAGUUGACAUUUCUGAAGUAGAACUGCCAAUCACCCCUUAAAUGAUACAGCUCCACCGUACCCGGCCGCCAGGUGCCGGUCUUAGAAACGCCAGGCAAAUUCCCAUCUAUUGAUAAUUCUUGUAUUAUUGUUUAUAUAACAUAUUCACCAUUCUUAUGUCAUACAGUAAAAUGCAGAAGCAAUAGUUGAUCCAAGGACCUCAAUACGUGAGUUCUUUUCUUUCUUUGAAUGGUCUGCUUAAUCAGUCUGUCUUUGUAUCGUUUAAUGAUAUUGGUCGAUAGGUUGCAAUAUUGAGUAAAAUGCAGAAGAAAUCAUUGAUCCAAGGACCUCAA